CACGCGGCGCGCGAUCUCUGGCAUUCGAAUUCUGAAGCGCUCCGGCGAAGUCGAUGUGAUGCAAUGCCCACGUGAUCGCGAUAUUGCGGCGCCCAGUGCAUCGGGCAUCCCGACCACCCGACCUCUCUCGACCUUACGGUUGACCCUCGUCUCACCCGACAGCAACGUCUGCCAUGGCCACCAACGCAAGGACACUCGCUAGCUGCAUCUUCUGCAAGAUCGUCAAAGGAGAGAUCCCGAGCUUCAAGCUCCUCGAGACCGAGUCCGCGUACUCCUUCCUCGACAUCAACCCGCUGGCUAAGGGGCACGCCCUCAUCAUCCCGAAGUACCAUGCUGAGAAGCUGCACGAUGUUCCAGACGAGCAUUUGAAGGACCUCAUGGUGGUCGCGAAGAAGAUCGCCGUUGCGCAGGGUCUUGUCGACUACAACAUCCUCCAGAACAACGGCCGUAUCGCACACCAGGUCGUCGACCACGUCCACUUUCACGUCAUCCCCAAGCCCAGCGAGACCGACAAGGAAGGACUCGUCAUCGGAUGGCCUCAGCAGAAGCUCUCCAUGGACGAGCUGUCUAAGCUCCAGGAGGAGAUCAAGGGGAAGCUGUAAACAGGGGGAAGUACGACCGUGAACCGAAGCAGCAGUGUGCUAUAUCUGGGUUGUGUAGGUUAUUGUAUUGCUCAACUUACCGGGAGUGAUCCGACGAGGCGACGAUCCUCAUGAACCUGGUUGUUUCUGCUGUCGAUGCCUCCGUGACGUUAUGCCGUGUGUCGUACUCACGAGCAUGUGAGCCAUUGAUGUUAUCUUCACUCGUGGCCUCUGGCCGGGAUUGAUCUCUCGGAUGAGUAUUGUUGUCACCCAGGUAGUCUAUUCAAGCUACAACGCAUCUACAUGUACAGCCGAACAUUGAACAUCUUUCACGAAUAUCACGGUCCUCAAGUUAUAGCUUCUCGAAGAUCAGAAGGCACUGCUGUCCCUUUGGCCGCGACACAAUAAACUGGUCGUCCCGCUCCAUGGAUGCCGACAUCUCCGGUGCAACUCGAGUGCGAUAGCUCGAGUAUGCCUCUCUUAACAGCAGCUUCAUUUCCA